AUGUCAGCGCAGCCCCUCCGUCUUCCUCUGCCUCUCGCCACCACGAACUGGACCGGCAAGAUGGCACAACUCGACACGCUGGAUAUUAUCGUGCUCGCGGCUCUGCUCGUGGGCACACUCGCAUACUUCACAAAGGGAACCUAUUGGGGCGUCUCGGCCGACCCCUAUGGCAGCUCGUUGGCCUCGGCCAAUGGAGGCGCCAAAGCGGGCAAGUCGCGCAACAUCGUAGAGAAGAUGAACCAGUCCGACAAGAACUGCGUCGUUUUCUAUGGCAGCCAAACGGGCACGGCUGAGGACUAUGCCUCACGUCUGUCCAAGGAGGGCCACUCACGCUUCGGCCUCAAGACCAUGGUCGCCGAUCUCGAGGAGUAUGACUUUGACAACCUGGACAGCUUCCCCGAGGACAAGCUCGCCAUUUUCGUCUUGGCUACCUACGGCGAGGGCGAGCCCACAGACAACGCAGUCGAAUUCUACGAGUUCAUCGGGUCGGAAGACAUUAGCUUCGCCAAUGGGGGCGGUGCUGAAGAGCGGCCCCUCAGCCAGCUGCACUACGUCGCCUUCGGCCUGGGAAACAACACCUAUGAGCACUACAAUGCCGUCGUCCGUAGAGUCGACAAGUUUUUGACCAACCUGGGUGCCACACGCCUGGGUCCGGCUGGCGAGGGUGACGAUGGUGCCGGCACCAUGGAGGAGGAUUUUCUCGCCUGGAAGGAGCCCAUGUGGGCCGCUGUGGCCGAGAAGUUUGGUCUUGAAGAGCGUGAAGCCAUAUACGAGCCCGUCUUCGAGGUCACAGAAAAGCCAGAGCUCUCGGCCGACGAUGACACUGUUUACCUGGGUGAACCCAACAAAAACCACCUGGAGGGUAAGCAAAAGGGUCCCUUCAACGCCAACAACCCGUUCAUCGCCCCCAUCGUCGAGUCCUCGGAGCUGUUCAAUGCCAAAGACCGCAACUGCCUACACAUGGAGAUCAGCAUCGCUGGCUCAAACCUUUCGUAUACCACCGGUGACCAUAUUGCAAUCUGGCCCAACAACGCAGGCAAGGAAGUUGAUAGGAUCUUCAAAGUUCUCGGCAAGGAGGACAAGCGCCAUACUGUCAUCGCCGUCAGAGGGCUAGACCCCACUGCCAAAGUUCCUUUCCCGUCCCCAACCACAUACGAUGCCGCUCUCCGCUUCCACGUCGAAAUCAAUGCUGCGGUCUCCCGUCAGCUUGUGUCUGGUAUCGCCCAGUUUGCGCCCAACGAAGAGAUCAAGGCUGAGAUGGUCAAGCUUGGUAGCGACAAGGACUACUUUAAGCAAAACGUGACUGACCGCAAUUUGAACUUGGCCCAGCUACUCGAAAUUCAAGGCAAAGGCCACGCAUGGAGCAAGAUCCCCUUUUCAUUCAUAUUCGAGAGCAUGGUCAAGAUCCAGCCCCGGUACUACUCCAUAUCAUCAUCGUCUUUGGCCCAGAAAGACAAAAUCUCCAUCACUGCUGUCGUUGAGUCGAUUGAGAAGCCUGGUGCACCAUACGUGCUCAAGGGUGUCACGACUAAUUACCUACUGGCCCUGAAACAAAAACAGCACGGCGAUCCACACCCGGACCCCCAUGGCCUAGACUACGCCAUCACUGGACCCCGUAACAAGUACGACGGAAUCCAUGUCCCAGUUCAUGUCCGCCACUCCAACUUCAAGCUCCCAUCAGAUCCUUCAAAACCCAUCAUCAUGGUUGGUCCCGGAACAGGUGUUGCACCAUUCCGUGCCUUUGUCCAAGAAAGAGCCGCGCAAGCCAAGGCUGGUCAGAUUGUGGGCAAGACGAUUCUGUUUUUUGGCUGCAGAAAGCAGUCAGAAGAUUUCAUCUACGCGAACGAGUGGAAGGAAUACAAGGAGAUCCUUGGCGACAAUUUUAUCAUGCACACAGCCUUUUCACGAGAUGGUCCCAAGAAAGUUUAUGUCCAGCACAAGAUUGAGGAGGCCGGUGAGGAAGUCAACAAGCUCCUCGAAGACAAAGCUUACUUCUACGUCUGUGGUGAUGCGGCACACAUGGCCCGCGAAGUCAACACGCUCCUUGGCAAACUCAUCUCCAAGUACCGCAACGUGUCUGAAUCAAAGGGUGAGGAGAUUGUCAAGGCAAUGAGGGCUUCCAAUCAAUACCAGGAAGAUGUAUGGUCAUGA